UGGGUCCUGGCUAGUCGGUUCAGCAGGCCUCCCCAUCGCCGUGAUGCCCUGCGUGCAGCUGCCUGCCAAGGAGAGCUCCCUCUUCAAGCGCGUGCUGAAAUGUUACGAACAGAAGCAGUACAAAAAUGGCCUCAAGUUUUGCAAGAUGAUUCUUUCGAACCCAAAAUUUGCUGAACAUGGAGAGACUUUGGCUAUGAAAGGACUAACGUUGAACUGUUUAGGAAAAAGAGAAGAAGCAUAUGAAUUUGUUCGUAAAGGACUUCGCAGUGACAUCAGGAGUCAUGUCUGUUGGCAUGUAUAUGGCCUCCUGCAACGUUCUGAUAAGAAGUAUGAUGAAGCUAUUAAGUGCUACCGAAAUGCCCUCAAAUUAGAUAAAGAUAAUUUGCAAAUCUUGAGAGAUCUGUCUCUAUUGCAGAUUCAGAUGAGAGAUCUUGAAGGUUAUCGAGAGACAAGAUACCAGCUUCUUCAGUUGCGCCCUGCACAGCGUGCCUCUUGGAUUGGAUAUGCCAUCGCUUACCAUUUGCUGAAAGAUUAUGACACAGCGCUAAAACUAUUAGAAGAAUUUAGACAAACGCAGCAAGUUCCUCCCAACAAAAUAGCUUAUGAAUAUAGCGAACUGUUACUAUAUCAGAAUCAAGUUAUGAGAGAGGCAAAUUUAUUUCAGGAAUCUUUGGAACAUAUAGAAACAUAUGAGAAGCUGAUAUGUGAUAAACUUUUGGUGGAAGAAAUUAAGGGGGAAAUGCUGUUGAAAUUGGGAAGACUAAAAGAAGCGAGUGAAGUAUUCAAAAACUUGAUUGAUUGGAAUGCAGAAAAUUGGUGUUAUUAUGAAGGCUUGGAAAAGGCAUUGCAGCUCCGUUCUUUAGAUGAGAAGCUUCAGAUUUAUGAAGAGAUCAGUAAGCAGCACCCCAGAGCAGUUUCACCAAGAAGAUUACCACUGAAUUUUGUCCCAGGUAAAAAAUUUCGAGAACUCAUGGAUAAGUUCCUGAGACCAAACUUUAGCAAAGGAUGUCCACCUCUGUUCACUACUUUAAAAUCUUUGUAUUGUAAUGCAGAAAAGGUUUCAAUAAUCCAGGAACUUGUUACUAAUUAUGAAGCUUCUCUUAAAAUGAAUGGCUUUUUUAGCCCUUAUGAUAAUGGGGAAAAAGAACCCCCAACAACUCUAAUUUGGGUCCAGUAUUUCCUGGCACAGCAUUUUGAUAAACUUGGACAGUAUUUUCUGGCUUUGGAAUAUAUUAAUGCUGUGAUUGCUAGUACUCCAACUCUAAUAGAAUUAUUCUACAUGAAAGCAAAAAUUUACAAGCAUAUGGGGAAUCUCAAAGAAGCUGUGCAGUGGAUGGAUGAAGCACAAUCUUUGGACACAGCCGAUAGAUUCAUCAAUUCCAAAUGUGCCAAAUACAUGCUUCGAGCAAACAUGAUAAAAGAAGCAGAGGAAAUGUGCUCCAGGUUCACAAGGGAAGGAACAUCUGCCAUGGAAAAUCUAAGUGAAAUGCAGUGUAUGUGGUUUGAGACAGAGUGCAUUUCUGCCUAUCAGCGCCUGGGGAGAUACGGGGAUGCCUUGAAAAAAUGCCAUGAAGUAGAAAGGCAUUUUCUUGAGAUAACUGAUGAUCAGUUUGACUUCCAUACAUACUGCAUGAGAAAGAUGACCCUCCGUGCUUAUGUUGGCCUCUUGAGAUUAGAAGAUACUCUGAGAAGACACCCUUUUUAUUUCAAGGCUGCUAGAUCAGCAAUUGAAAUAUAUUUGAAAUUACAUGAUAACCCUUUAACCAAUGACAGCAAACAAGAAGACAUAGAUUCAGAAAACCUGUCAGCCAAAGACCUGAAGAAAAUGCUUAGCAAGCAAAGAAGAGCUCAGAAAAAGGCUAAGGUAGAAGAAGAGAGAAAGCACACAGAAAGGGAACGUCAACAGAAAAAUCAAAAGAAAAAAAGAGAAGAAGAAGAAGAAGACACCAGUGGUCCUAAGGAAGAAUUUAUUCCUGAAAAACUAGAAAGGGUUGACAAUCCAUUAGAAGAAGCCAUCAAGUUCCUCACUCCUCUAAAAACCCUUGCUGCUGAUAACAUUUACACCCACCUGCUGGCCUUUGAAAUAUAUUUUAGAAAAGGGAAGUUUUUGCUAAUGUUGCAGUCUGUUAAACGGGCCUUUGCCAUUGACAGUAAUGAUCCUUGGUUACAUGAAUGCUUGAUUAAAUUUUCUAAAUCUGUAUCUAAUCACAGUAAUCUUCCCGACAUUGUGAGUGAAGUUCUAACUCAAGAAAUGAAGAAGAUGUUUGUCAACAAAGAUUUGCACAGCUUUAAUGAGGAUUUCCUCAAACACAAUGCUACCUCUCUUCAGCAUCUACUUGCAGGUGCUAAAAUGAUGUAUUUUCUGGACAAGUCAAAGCAAGAGAAAGCAAUUGCUACAGCCACUAGGUUGGAUGAAACUAUAAAAAAUAAAAAUGUGAAGACUCUGAUAAAGGUCUCUGAGGCACUGCUGGAUGGCAGCUUUGGGAACUGUAGGUCCCAGUAUGAAGAGUACAGGAAGACCUGCCAUAACCUGCUUCCACUUACACCUGCUUUCCUGCCUGCUGUGAAUGAAGCCCUCCGUCUCAGCACUCAGCUCAACCACACAGCGGACCACAAGCUCUUGAUGAAUGAAAUUUGAAUCUUGUGGGAAGUUGUUCCUACAGACUCAAAGCUGAAUUCAUAUCAGGAUUUCUUUUUCACUGUACAUUUUAAUACUGGUCUGAAAUAAAAUACUUGGAUAGAAGUUUUUAAUGGAAUAUUGUGUAAGCUUAUGCUGCGUCUGGCCUCUAAUUUACAUAGACAUCUGUUACAAUUGCUUGUUUAUACUUGUACCGUCUUACACUCCAGAAUUAUGAGUGUUGUUGCUUCUGUAUUAUAUACUUCAGUUGUUGAUUAAGGUAUAGACAGCCCUCUUAUGCUAUUUUCUUUAGGUCCUAGUUUCAGAAUCUGUUUUGACCUCUUGUUUAUUUGAUUAUUUUGAAGGGUUAACUGAAUGUUAAGAAAUAGCCAUAUUUUCCAUCUUGGUAGAUAAUGUGAUUUGUUCCCUUUUUACCUUAACUUGUAUGAUUAUUUCCUUUGUCAAAGCCAUAAAAAUGAUACUUUAUGGUCGAAUAAGGAUACACCAGUGUUAUGUUGAUAUUCAGAAUGUGAAGACUGGUUUGCCUCUUAUUCAUGUAAAUCUCCCCCAACCCCACCCCCCAAGACAGGGUUUCUCUGUGUAGCCCUGGCUGUCCUGGAACUCACUCUGUAGACCAGGCUGGCCUCGAACUCAGAAAUCUGCCUGCCUCUGCCUCCCAAGUGCUGGGAUUAAAGGCGUGCGCCACCACUGCCCGGCUUAUUCAUGUAAAUUUAACCAUUUGUUGUGUAGCUGUUCUAGUCUCACAGACCAUUGUGGAGGAAUUUUCUUGAUUGAGUUGCAUAGAGACUUAGCAAGCAGGUUACCCUGAGAAGUUUUCUUCAAGGGAGGAUGAUUGGGCAGAGUACAAAUUACAGCACAGCACUAUCUCCUCCAAGACCAUCAGUGAGCUUCUGAUCUCUCAGAUGAGAACUUAAACUAUAAUUAAACUCUGAAAUCCUAGUGUUGUUGAACAGUGUUUUGGGGGGAGCCCUUUUUGCCAUAUCUAAUACAAUGGAAUCAUUCUAUUUCUCAAUAUCAAUAUGUCUGUAAAUCUGUCUGAUAUAAACCCAGAAAGAAGAUUUUAUUUAGAUAAUUCUAAGGUAGUUUUCCUUUAAUUCUUUAGAUUCAUAGUUGUUGAAGAGGAAAAAAAAUCACUGUAAAAUAAUGCCAACCUAGACAGUGCUACAAUAAAUUAUUUCAUAGAGUUGUUUGUUUAUAUCUAUUAUUAUGUGUCCAUACUAGAAAAACAUUUUUUUGGAAAAGUAGAAACUUAAUCAUCUUAAUCUUUUCAAGUUUAUAGAAAAUGUGACUGUCAAUAACCAACUCCCAGAUAUGCUUUGGUGCCACAGUAAAUAGGGUUCUUUGGUGUUUCAGAAGUAUAGAAAUAGGGCCAGGCAUGGUGGCGCAGGUCUUUUAUCCCAGCACUUGAAAGACAGGCAGGUGGAGCUCUGAAUUGGAGGCCAGUCUGCUCUGUAGAUGGAGUUCCAGUCUAGCCAGGGCUACAUGGGGAGGCACUGAUUUUAAAUGGAUAUUUGUCACGGAAUAUUCUGGCAAAUAAGUCAUCUUACUUUCAGCAGGAUGCCAUUUUCAGAAAGAUGCUAGUGACUACACUGGAAACUGCUUUCAACAGCAGCCUUUCAAAGGAAUUGGUGUGGUGGUGUGCUACUGAAGAGACUGCUCAGUAGUCAAGAGUACACACAGACCCAAGUUCUGUUCCUCGUACCCACUCUGGGUGGUUUAUAACUAUCAAAUGGCUCACCACCCAAGGAUCUCACAUCCUCUUCUGGCCUCUGUAAGCACUUGCACUCAAGCACAGAACUAUACACAUGGUUAAUAAAAUUAUUUUUAAAAGUUGA